AUGGUGCGGACUAAAGCAGACAGUCUUGCAGGCUCCUAUCGAAAAGUGGUGGUUGCUCGAGCCCCCAGGAAAGUGCCUGUCUCCCCCUGUUCUGCCACCAGCUCCACGCCUCUUUCAUCACGGAAAGCUGAAAAUAAGUAUGCAGGAGGGAAUCCAGUUUGUGUGCGUCCAACUCCCAAAUGGCAAAAAGGAAUUAGAGAAUUCUUCAGUCUGUCCUCUAAAGAUUCAGAGAAAGAGAAUUGUCUUCCAGAAGCAGCAGGAAGCAGCAGCUUAGGAAAAGCAAAGUAA